UUGGAGGGAAAAUGUUUAUAUAAAAAAGAGGAAAAAUCAAAAUUGAUCAUCAGUUGAAGUUUAAUUAUCCAGGAGACAAUUAGUUAAUUUCUACUUAAUCACUGGUUGUUGACAAUGUUUUCUACUUACAGUUUAAUUGUUUCGACUCUUAUUGGACUUGUUUGUUCACAAUCAAAUCAACCUGUGAUCGCCUCAACACCCAUUCCAAUGCCCACCUUAGGAUCGGCAUCUUUUAAUGGUUACAGUGUUUGUCUUUCAAUUGUUAAUUCAGCUCUUCAAACAUUAAAUUCAACCUUUGAACUUCAAUCAUCAACAACCGGCUCACCUUUUGAUUUGAACCUUUUGCCUGUUGAUUGUUUUUAUUUGAAAUCAUCUGAAUCUACCUGUAAAUCAUUUCCCCCUGGUCUUAGGGAUAUGUUUUCAAUGAUGCUCUGGGUAACCCAGUUAAUUCAACAGUGUAACAUACCGGGUUCAUGGGCUGGUUAUCCGGAAACAAUUAACAAUCUUAAUCCAGGAGUUAGACAAUUUCAAGCUUCAUUAAGUUCAAGUGGCUCAGCGGCACCGGUGGGGUCACUUGGUGUUAGUGGUUCUCUUGGUACCAAUGGUGGAUUAGGUUCAAUGCAAAUGGGCAAUGGUUAUGGUCAAGGAUCGGGUAUGAUGUCCAAUGGCUUAGGUUCGGGUACACCGAUGAUGAUGGUUCCCGUUCAAGCGGCGGGAUCAAUUUCAGCCGUUCCACCAAAUCCAUUUUCCACCAUGAUGGGAAUCAUUGGUUCAUCGGUUGGACCUCAAGGAAUCACAAUCAGUCCUGCGACAAUUGCUGGUAUUUUAUCGUUAAUUAAUCAAGUUGUUGGAAUCGCUGUUCAAUUAGCACCAAUCGGUGGAGCCGUUGCUGGCCCACUUUUGGCCGGUGCUCUUGGAUAAAAUUUUCAAUUUCAUGACAAGAAAUGCAAAUUAUUGUUAUCACUUUUAACCUCUUUUUGUUAUUAACUAAUUGUUGCAAUGACAACAAUUUAUAAUUUAUUCUAUCAAUUACUGAUCAAAGUAAUUAAUAAAGUCAAUCUUUUAUCGUUGA